CCGACGUGGCAACCUUACGCGCUGAAUACAAGUCACUUCAGCAAAUCUCACCGUACCCCGCUCGAACGAACAGUCCAAGCCUCUGCAGUCCGUUGGAUUUGGUCAGGCCAUGCGGGCCCCACCAACCUUCCAUCGACUAACGCCGUCAAACGCGCCGCCAAUUCUCACUACCGCCUCCCCCUUCCCCUGCUACCCCUUCAAAUCCUCGGUCAAGUCUCAACGGUCCUUAAAAUUCCCAAGUCAACAGAUUCAUUCUCUCUCUUUCUGUUCAGCAUGUCCGUAGUACCGACGACGCGCCCUACUCUCCGGCUCCCGAGAGCCAGUGCCUCACGUGACCGGCCAACAGCUUCGCCCAAAGUUUCAAUUUUGGGCUUCAGGCUCAGAGCGCCAAGCUCUUCAAAUCCCCCGGUAUUCUCCCGUAAAUUUGAUGAAAUCCGGGGGCGGAUUACUGUGCUGAGUGCUUUGAGCCAGGAAGGGUCGCUGCAGGAGGUGGAUGAUUCACCGGUCACGGUGGCGCUCGCGCCCAUUUCCAGCGAGACCCAGUUCGAUCGGGUGGUUGCCCAGGCCCAGCAGCUCGACGAAUCGUUUGUUGUCGUUUGGGUGGCAACCUGGUGCAGAAAAUGUAUAUAUUUGAAGCCAAAAUUGGAGAAGCUGGCAGCUGAGUACUAUCCAAGAUUGAAGUUCUAUUCUGUUGAUGUCAAUUCAGUUCCACACAAACUCGUUAAACGUGCUGAUGUCACUAAGAUGCCAACUAUACAGUUGUGGAAAGACGGCAAGAAGCAAGCUGAGGUUAUCGGUGGUCACAAAGCACAUUUAGUCAUUAAUGAAGUUCGGGAAAUGAUUGAAAACGAGGAUAGCACGUAAGGUUCAGUACAAUGGAGAAAUUUUUCGUACUUUUUUUCCAUGACUUAUUUUAUACAUAAGGUUCAGUAGAAGCCUACAAGGGACAUGAAUAUCCAUUCUGUAAUUUUUUUUCACAAAUAUAAAUAAUACCAGUUUUAGGGAAGAGAAUAAAUAGAAAAUUUGUUCAUUUGUUUUUCUUAAGUCCUUGCUUCCUGCAGGCAUAUAUGAUUUUGCAAUUAGAGCUGUUCCUGGCUUAGCCAAAGAUAAAAAUGCUGCAUAAUCAUGAGGUUCUACCCCUGUUAUGUGUUGAAACCCAGUUUUUGCUUGUAUCAGCAGCGUGAUAACGCUCGUGUUUCAUCCAAGUCCAUGAGAUUUGUCUACGUUUUUCUUUUCAGCAUGUAUUUUUCAUCACGUUGCGUGUUAGAGGACUGGUAUUUUGAAAAACAGAUGACCUGCAGACUGGCUAGAUUAGUUUCAUGCUUGAAAAACUAGUAUGGUUCUUGUUUUACAAGUUUAGAACAUAAAACAUGCAGUCGAGAACUGGAGAGUAGAACGCCAUACUUUUUUUCUUUGAUUUCGGAAUGCACGUAGUUUGAGUCUUGAUGUUAAUCAGUUAUGGCUUGUUUUGAAC